CAGAGUGAUAUAAUUGAAAGUGCUUCUCCUAUAUUUGAGGAAGAACAAAUUGGUGAUUGGAUGGUGGAUUAAUAAAUAGCUGUUGUAUUACAAAAUAAGAAGGUAUUUUGGGAGUUGGGAAGAAACAGAUUUUCACCCUAGUCUAGCAGCUUUGCUGCUCACUUAAACACAGAUGAAUGAAGACCCCAUUUGGAAAAUCACCAGGUCAGCGGUCCAGAGCUGAUGCAGGUCAUGCAGGAGUCUCUGCAAGCAUGAUGAAGAAAAGAACUUCCCACAAAAAGCAUAGAAACAAUGUUGGACCAAGCAAACUUGUUUCUCAGCCACGAAGAAACAUUGUUGGCUGCAGAAUACAGCACGGCUGGAAAGAAGGGAGUGGACCUGUAACACAAUGGAAGGGCACAGUUCUUGAUCAAGUUCCUGUAAAUCCCUCUCUGUAUCUUAUAAAAUAUGAUGGAUUUGAUUGUGUGUAUGGACUCGAACUACACAAAGAUGAAAGAGUUUCAGCACUUGAAGUUCUUCCAGACAGAGUUGCUUCAUCUCGAAUUAGCGAUGCUCACCUGGCAGACACAAUGAUUGGCAAAGCUGUGGAACAUAUGUUUGAGACAGAGGAUGGCUCAAAAGAUGAAUGGAGGGGGAUGGUCUUGGCUCGAGCUCCUAUUAUGAACACAUGGUUUUAUAUUACCUACGAGAAAGAUCCUGUCUUGUACAUGUACCAACUCUUAGAUGACUAUAAAGAAGGUGACCUUCGCAUUAUGCCUGAUUCCAAUGAUUCACCUCCUGCAGAACGGGAACCAGGUGAAGUUGUGGACAGCCUGGUAGGCAAGCAAGUGGAAUAUGCCAAAGAAGAUGGCUCAAAACGGACUGGCAUGGUCAUUCAUCAAGUUGAAGCCAAACCAUCUGUCUAUUUCAUCAAGUUUGAUGAUGAUUUCCAUAUUUAUGUCUAUGAUUUGGUGAAGACAUCCUAGACAUCAUCAUGAACUUAUGCCAAAUUUGUGGAACUAUUAAAUGUAAAAUUUGUAGACACAAAGACUUGACUGUUUUUCAGGUAAAUGAAAGCUUAAAUGUCCCUGCUAAUCCACAAUCUCUUGCCAGCAAAACUGUUUUGUUCUGAUUAAUACAAAUUUAUCUGAAUGUGACGUUUUGCAUAAGAGAACUUUUCUUGAAGGAAGUUGAUACAUUUGGGUGGGAAGGAGUUAAAAACAAAGAACAUCUACAUGUGUGUGAAGUCAAUCUAGUAUUGCAAUCUAUUUUUUUCAUAGACUAAUUUUUUUUUCAGCCUUGCUCUCAGUUGUUCAACUGCCACAUGCAAGUGUAGUUUGCUAUUUUCGAUGUUUUCUUUUGUAACAUUAAAUUUAAUUUCUUGGCUAUUGGCAGUCCUUGUUUUUUGGUUGGGACAGAGGUUACUCUUUAAAAGUUUUAAACAGUUUGUGCAGCAGUAAGGAGUGCCUAACCCAAGUAACAUCAAUCUACUGUGUUUUUACACUUUAUUUCAAAUUAAGCUUUUUAAGAACUUGCAGUACAUGGAAAUACUUGUGCAUUUUUACUAGUCACAGGGCAGUGUUUGACUUAUGCACCUUUCAGUGAAAAGGCUUUAAACUAUAAAAUAUAUAUUUAAUCUGUAUAAACAGUUAAUUAGAAAAUGCAGGUUAAGGCCCUGUGUUUGCAAGUUAUAGGAAUCAGUAAAAUACAUACAACAAAUCUGCCUUUAAUCCUAAAUGUUGUACUCUUUUGUUAUACACAUUUCUUAGCAGAACCCAAGUGCUUGGUGCCACAAGUUUAAUAGUAUAUAUGCUACUUAAGACUUUAGAUUACACAUUGGCAAUCAGCAGUCUCCUACUGAACAUCAGAACCUAGCAACCCAGAUGUUUGUGUGUUGAUAUAGAAACAUAAUAGUUAAUCUUUUACAUAGUAAAUACAAUCUUAUGGGAGUGGGGGAGUCCUUUUACACUAAAGACCUCCUUUAGAGAAGGAGAAGUAUUUGUUGCCUUCUGCUCAGUCUGAUGCAUUCCUUUGAUUUGAGCUAUUGUUUUUAACCAUUUUGGGUCAAGAAGGAAUCUUCUCAAUGUAUUCUUUUUCUGGCUUUUCCACAUAAGGAGUGUCCAGAUAAAUCUACAGUUUAAACUUGUUUUUGACUUUUCUGGUAUCCUUGCUUUGAGGUAUGCUGUUAACAUGAAUUUCUUUCUGUGAACACUAGAGUUGUGCAUGCCAGUGGUGUACUAUCUAAUGGGAGCUAUAGACAGUCUCAGUGGUUCAGUCAUCUACAUGAGAUUGUGGACAUAAAUAGCAGCCCACAACAGUGGAAUCCUUUCACAGUUUUAAUCUUGCAAAAGUUGUAAAUCAUUAUUAGGGUAUUUGUUGUUUUUUUAAGUGUAGCAACUUUUUAAAGUAUCAGAAUUGUAACAAGGAACAGCACAGUAACAAAAUUGUUAUGUUAAAGCAGAGCUCUCUACAGGAUUCCAAGUACUGCUUCACAGAAAUACAGUAUGUGAAGAAUGAAUACAGUCAACACUAUUGAUAGGAAGAAGUAAUAUAUAGAUAUCCAACCUUAUGCUGUUAGUGGAAGGAUGCAGGAGAGGUACUGUUAAUCAGAGUUCAGAGAUCUGACCUCUAUUGUGGGUAUUCUUGAUAUCAAAGACUCAGUGGUUGAAGCCCCUUUCUGUCCUUUUUUUUUUUUUUUUUUUUUUUUUGCCUGAUUUCAUUUUUUUGCCUUAAGGCUAGUGCCUCAUUAUGCUGUUAAAUGGUAAUACUGUAUAAAUAUAGUGUCUUAAUUCUUUGUUCCUUGCUACAAUAUUGCAUUAUGUCCUGUAUUUCAUCAUGGGCAACCAAAGGCUUGCUAUUGUCUUUCAGUUCACAGCUCCUCAAACCAGUCUUUUAAGCACUAAGUAAGUCAAUAAAUUUUCAUUGUGGUUUGAACAAAAUGAGCAGAUUUGCAACAGUGCUUUCAUGCUGCAGAUCUGUUAUGUGCUUUCUAUUGACUCUUAAGAGUCCUACACAUAAAUUUCAAAGCUGAGCCUGGCUCUAUGAGCCCAAGCUGAUAUUUGUGGUACAAGAAUGAGUGUAUUGAUUGCACACAAAAUUCAUUAAUAACUUAGUACAAUGAAUUUUGGGCUUUACAUCUAAGGAAUACAAGUUUUGUUUUGAAAUAAUUGAGGUUUAGGUCUACUGGAACAUUUUUAGUAUUAGUCUUGCAUUUGUGAGUUUUAUGCAAGCCACUCUAAUACACCACAUAUUUUGCUAAUUAGAAUAUAAUCUAUACACUGUCAAAUGUUAUGAUUUUUUUAGAUGUCCCCAUUGUCUGUUGCAUGGGGUGGGUUUUUUUCUCAUCUUUUUUCUUAAUAUUUGGGGGGGAGGUGUUUUGUGAUUUGUAGUUGGUUUUAUUAACAGCUUAAACCACCUUUUUGAGACUAAUUCCACUCCUUGCCAUCUGCUUUGGGCUUUGUUUAGGCUAAUGUUUCAGAUCUGCAUACAGUGCUUGCAUUACCCUAGAAACUACAUGUUGAUCCCUUGUUCUAGGGGUUCAACAUUACUUUCCAAAUUUAUCAUACGGCUUGUGAUGGCACAAGCCAUGGAUCUUUGUAUAAAAGUUACUGGCCUCUCUCAUUUACCUGCUGUAGUAUUGUUGUAUAUUGUGUGUGUGCAUGAUGUCAGGCUGCCAUGUAAAACUUUUUAAAAGGGAAAAAAAACCCUUAAAUGCAGACCAUCCUUUUUUGCAUGCUUAGAAUGCAUGGUAGAAUGUUCAAUGUAACAAACUGAAGUUGCAUGUUAUAAUGUUUAGGUUUGGGUUUUGUUCUGUUUUUAUUUUUAGUUAAUUUUUUUGUGAAUUUGCUUAUUGUGCUGUUUGAAUGGUUGUUAGUAGGAUUAAAUGCAUUGGUGAGGUGAUCUUAGUGCCAAUGGAAGGUAAUUUUCCAGUUGUAUGUGUCAUACAGGAUUUGAAGGGACCAUGUAUUCUGUUCAAAAACAAAUAAAAUCUCAAUCAGUAAAACACUAUUUUUUUUUCUUUUCAGUGCCAAACCUUAAACUAAGUUGGACUACAUAAAGACUAAAGUACUUUGGGAAAAAUCCUAUUUAUUGCAAUUGGUAUAAGCCUUCUUUAAAUUAAUUAAGCCUUCUUUAAAUUAAUUUUUAAAUGUAGGCUUUACAUUCUGAUAGAAUAGAUUACAGUUGCAUCAGGGAAGAAGAAUUAUGGUAAAAGCAGUUUCUGGUUCCUUGAAAAUGCUGUGCUUUUUGUAUUUUACAUCAUUAGUGCAAUUUGGAUGGUUCUUGGUAUGUGUUCAAAAGCCUUUGUGUUCACAUUUUAAAAUUAGGUAAUGAAUUCAUCUUUAGAGUUAUGUUUCAUUAUUUUUAUUUUAUUUCUCCUCAUUUAGAAGUAUGAACACUUUAAAUCUGUCACUUAAUUCUGUAAGUAAUUUUUAUAAUUAUGAUGUAACUCUAUCCUUAAAACAUUUAAAAUAAAUCCUUUAUG